CUCGAGAGAUACAGGUACCCCUCCAUUCCCCGGUGCUCCUCCAAAUCCCUUCCCAUAUCAAACCACAGACACAAUGACAACAGCAGCAACCCUCUCCCUCCACGACAGCAACACGCUCUCGCUCCUCUUCGACCCCGAGUCCUCACCCUCAUCCACCACCGGGACCAUAUCCCCCUCACUACCGCCAGACCCACACUACCCAUCCGCCGUCCUCCCACUCCUGCAAACCUUGGAGCGACAAGCCAUCUCCCUCGCGGAAGCAUCCCCAGCCGAGGCGCUCACCAUCCUCUCCUCCCUGAUCACCACAUACCCGCAAUACGCCAGCGCCUACAACAACCGCGCGCAGCUACUCCGGAUCCUCUCGCACUCUUCCACCGAGAUAACAGCGGACCUACGCACAGCGAUUACCCUCGCUCGCCCUGCGCGGAGUAUCGACGCCGUUUCACCGCUGCAGGCAAAAGUGCUGAGUAAUUCGUAUACGCAGCUGGGCGCGGUGCUGCUGAGCGAGGGGCGGGAGGAGGAGGCCGGGGAAGUGUUUCAGGCCGGCGCGAGGUAUGGCGGCGAGGUCGCGAAGAUGAUGGCUGUUAAGUUUAAUCCUGUCGCCAGGCUGUGUGGCGCGAUUGUGAAGGAGGCGAUGAGGAAGGAGAUGGCGGGGUAGAAGGUAGAACGCAAGGACUGGUUUUCGUUUUGGGUUGGAAGAUACCGCGUUAGGUGUGCGGAGUGUGUGUGAUUGUAUAUAGAGAUGGUAAUAGAGGAGACGGUUGUCCGUUUUUGGGAGGGCCGGUCAUGAGAUGUCACGUUGGAAUGUUCUCACUGGCCGCAAUGAUAACUGAAUGCGUAAUGCUCGGUAACCUCUCAUAACUCUGACCAAUAUGUAAUCCAAGUUAAUCCGUAGCAAGCGAAGAAGGCGGAAUCGUGGGAUUGG